AUGUCGCUGAGCAAGUUGAGUCAGAAGUGCUUCAGUCGACACCAUGCUAGAACAUUUAUCAGAUUUUCUAGUUCAGAUUUCCAAUCCCUUCUUGGGCCACCACGAGUUCCAAACCCAUACGCUGACAGUGGACGUAAUAAAUUUGCAGCACCAAUCGUCCCAAUAAAUGUGAACAAUCACGGAAAUGUAUUCGCUAGUAUAAAAGUACCCAUCAACGAGACUCCCGAAGCAGUAGCAUUCAAACCAGAAGUUGAAGAAGCUCCAAGAGUAGAGAAAGUGGAAGUGGAAGCUACCAAAAUCGAAACGGAGAAGGUAGCUUCUUCUCCGGCACCAGCAACACCUCCUUCUGCAAUCGACGAGCUGAAUUCCUUGAAAGACUCUUUGAGUAAACUAGAAGAAGCCGCUGCGUCCAAGACAUCUGCUCCUUCCGGAAGCUCUGGCGAUAAUAAUGAUCAGCCUGGCAAUGCUGAAGAAGUUGAGGCUCGUCGGAAGAGAAUGGAAAGAAACACACGGAUCGGAGGAUAUGUUCUUUUAGGAGGAUCCGUCAUUGGUUUUAUCUCUUUCUGCUUCUACUACGGAAGAGCCCAAAGAGACGAAGCUGGAAAUGUAAUCGCAGACGAAUUCAGUGGAUCUUUCUUGGCACCAUUUUACCGAAUUGCCAACAGCUUCAAACUGUGGAAAGAUUACGUCGUCGAGCCUGCCCGCGAACAACUGCUCCCAGAUCCAUUGCCAGCUCCAUACCUCCAACCAAAAUACACAAUUGUUAUCGAACUCAAAAACAUUCUUGUCCAUCCUGAAUGGACGUACAAGACCGGAUAUCGUUUCUUGAAGCGCCCGGCUCUCGAUUAUUUCCUUGAUGUCAUCGGAUAUCCAAACUUCGAAGUUGUCAUUUACUCGUCUGAAUCUAUGAUGACUGCUGCACCAGUUGUAGACAGCUUUGAUCAAAAACAGAGAAUCAUGUACAAACUGUUCAGAGAUUGCACAAAAUACAUGAACGGGCAUCAUGUUAAGGAUCUUUCCAAAUUGAACCGUGAUUUGUCCAAAGUCAUCUACAUUGACUUCGACGCAAAAUCAGGACAAUUGAAUCCAGAGAACAUGCUUCGCGUACCAGAAUGGAGAGGAAAUAUGGAUGACACCAGUCUUGUUGACUUAGCAGAGCUGCUUAAAACGAUCCAUCUGUCGGAUGCUGAAGAUGUUCGUCCAAUGCUUCAAUACUACUCACAAUACGACGAUCCAGCCAAGGAGUUCCGCCGACGAGCAGUUUAUUUGGCUCAACAGGAAGAGCAAAAGAAACAACAACCUGACGAUAGCUCGAUGCUCAAGCGAUAUUCUGGAAGACUUUUCGGUUUCAGAAGACAUGCUUCCGCCUAA